AUGAGAACCAAGCGAAGCUACCUCCUUAUUCUUCGCAAUAUCCGGGGCGACGCAUCGAUGAUUAUUUUCAAUCAAGUUCUCAAGGAUCUUUCUCAUCAAAACUGGGCGAUUCAGAACAUCGCGCUCUUCACUCUCGUUACUAUUUUUCAAACUUCGGAAGAAAUCGUCGAAUACGAAACAGUUGAAAGAUCGAUUUUAGCGACAAUCAAAGAUGGAAAUUUACGUGCGGGAACGUCUGCUCUGGUGCAUUUGCAAUCUGGGAAAUGGGCGAACAAAGUGGCAGAAUUAAUCAUCCAGUCGGAGGACUUACAAGCAGCAAUUAACUUCAUUAAAUUUGCCCUGCGGCGAGAGCCUCUUCUUCACCAAAAAGCCCAGAAAAUCUUCAUCGACAUUUUAAGUGCUGAGUUAGAGAAAUCAAAGGGAAAUGGGCCGUCUCACAAAUGGCGAAAAAUCUCGCUGGCUCUCCUGGACUACCUGGAAUUCUACGGAGAACGUCCGGAAUCGUCAAUGCUUCCUCAGAUUUACGACUGUUUCCGAAAAGCGAAAACUUCAAAGAAUCUCCUCACAAUCGCCUAUUUCUCCAUUCUCUUGCUUUUAGAAGAAGAUGAUCUGGAUGAAGAGAUCUUCAAAUUUCAUCUUCAAAGACAUCAAGGCGAUUCGACAAUCCUCUGCAAAAUUAUCCGCAAGUUUCCAUCCCAAUCGUUGCUCUUCUUUCCGAAAUUGCUCCACCUCCAGGACUCGGCAAUUCUUUCUGCGCUGAUAAGAUUUACGGCUCUGAGCGAGAAGCAGCUGUCGGGCGUCUUUGAAUUAUUCGAAAAUCAAAUAUUGACAAAUCGGCAAGGGCGAGUUUCUUCCGCCCAGCUGGAGGUCGCGUUUCUUUUAGCGCGCAGAAGCGUAAAAAACGAAGAAAGAGUCAGACGCCUUCUGAAAUCGGAAACGACAAAAGAACAAUUUCAACUAUUUCAAAAGAAUUUGGAUGAAUCGGAUUAG